GGAAGUCGUUUUUUCCUGGCUCACGCUGUUGAGGAAACCUGCAGUUCACAGUCACGUUAGCUAUUUCCUCCUGGAGUCCGAAGAAUACCAGAGAUGAAAAAACAAGACACGGAUGAGUCUGCCACCCAGGGCACUGAGGAUUCUCCACCUGCAGCAGGAGGGAUGGAUUCACCUGCAGCUGCAAAAGACAGCUCGGACAGCAACACCCCUAAAGAGUCUGAACCACAGACACCACAGACAGAGACAGACACACCUCUGCAAGAGGAAGAGGCAGCAAAAGAAGUUGCAGAAACAGCGCUGUCUCGGUGUGACAUGGCUGAGGAGCUGAGUCGGCAGCUAGAGGACAUCCUCAGCACCUACUGCCGGGAAACCAUUUCAGACGACGCCAGCGCCCUGGCCAAUGGUCAGUCACACAGCCCAGAGCUCAAUGGUCUGACCAAUGAGAAGGAAGACGACAAGCCGGAGGAGGGCAAAGUCAAUGGAGGUGACAGUGGUGUGGAGAAGGAACAGAAGAAGACUCAGGAGAAGAAGAAAGUGAAGGGUCUGGGUAAGGAGAUCACCCUCCUCAUGCAGACUCUGAACACACUGAGCACACCAGAGGAAAAGCUUGCAGGCCUCUGUAAGAAGUAUGCUGAACUGCUGGAGGAGCACCGGAACACCCAGAAACAGAUGAGAGUGCUGCAGAAGAAGCAGAGCCAGCUGGUCCAGGAGAAAGACAACCUGAGAAAUGAACACAGCAAGGCCAUCCUGGCUCGCAGCAAGCUGGAGAGCCUCUGCAGGGAGCUGCAGAGACACAACCGCACACUCAAGGAAGAAGGUAUGCAAAGAACACGUCUGGAGGAGGAGAAGAGGAAGGAGGUGACCUCUCAUUUCCAGGUGACGCUGAACGACAUCCAGACUCAGAUGGAGCAGCACAAUGAAAGAAACGCCAGCCUCCGACAGGAGAACACUGAGCUGGCUGAGAAACUGAAGAAGCUUUAUGAACAGUACAAACUACGGGAAGAGCACAUAGACAAAGUGGUGAAGCACAAAGACCUGCAGCAGCAGCUGGUGGACGCUAAGCUGCACCAGGCUCAGGAGCUGCUGAAGGAGUCGGAGGAACGCCACGACAGAGAGAAAGACUUUCUGCUGAAGGAAGCUGUGGAGUCUCAAAGGAUGUGUGAACUGAUGAAGCAGCAGGAAGUUCACCUCAAACAGCAGCUGUCACUGUACACGGAGAAGUUUGAAGAGUUCCAGACAACUUUGUCCAAGAGCAACGAAGUCUUCACCACUUUUAAACAGGAGAUGGAGAAGAUGACUAAAAAGAUCAAAAAGCUGGAGAAGGAGACGGCCAUGUAUCGAUCCAGGUGGGAGAGCAGCAACAAGGCUCUGCUGGAGAUGGCAGAGGAGAAAGCAGUGAGGGACCGGGACUUUGAGGCACUUCAGGGUAAAGUCCAGAGGCUGGAGAAGCUGCGGCGGGCGCUCAAAGUCGAACGGAAUGAGCUGAACAAGAAGGUCCAGAACCUCAGCGGUCAGCAAGGUGGCACCGCAGGAGCACCCACCUCCGACCCAGGGACUGACUCCCCCUCUCCACCACCUACAGACACUCUGUUGGAGCCCAGCACCUGUCCUGUCCCAGACACCACCUCCUGCUCCCACACCUGCCACUGUGACCCAGAACUGGACACAGACCCCCUAUUAGAAGAGGCAAACGCUCAGCCUGUCACCGCACAGGAAUGAAGCAACGCUGCUCACAGGUCUCCUCUCUCUGCUCCAGCAUCAAGCCACCAAAAGAUAAGCCACCAGCCUGCAAGCCACUACUCCUCUGCUAGAAGAAGCUGACACUGGUCCAGGAGCAGAUCAGAAAGUCACACCUUUAUAUCUUUUAGGCAGAAUACCUGAUCACCAUUUAAUGGAAGGAUUCACUUGUUUCCUCCCAGUAUCCUGUGCGGGCUUUAUUAAGGUAAUGAGAAGAUUGUGCCUCAUCUAUCAGCACAUUUACAUGCACAUCAUAAGUCAAUUACUGUGAAUAAGUUAAGGUAAUGGUUUGAUUAAAGCAUUUACAUGCUUUGCAAUAAGCCAAUUUCCUGCUAUAAUGAGAUUUUCAUGAUUAAUUAAUGAUGAUUAAUUAGUCAGGUUAAUUUCCAUGAGCAUGCUUGGCAGCCCACAGGAAACACCUUACCAGCCACACAAAGCAGAGAAACACCAGGGAUUUUUUUGGGCUUUUCUUUUUCAAAUGGAUAAAUAGUCUUAUUUAUUACUUACAAAAGAAAGCCAUUUUCUGAUGCAUCCCUCCCAUAAUAAGUCCCAAGCAUCCGUUCCCAGGAGUCAUACUUACGGUAUAUACAUAUCACAGUAAGUUUAGAAGAUUGAUAAGUUAUCCAGCUCUAUUAUACUUGCUCCAUCUUAACCUUCAACUUGACUAAAACAACACUGUUUACAUGAUAGAUUAUUUGUGUGUAUGUAAAUGUACUGGCUGCCUCCGUGUUGUGCUAUUUUACUACACAUUCCCUUUUCGGCUUGCAUCAAACCUGGAACUGCUCGACAAGGUAAAUAACAGUGCUACUUUAGAUGACACAAGCCUAACAGGUAAAUGGCAAGCGGAGUCGGAGGUUGAGGUUGUAUAUUUGUGUGUGUGUGGUUGUGGGUGUGUGUGUCUCCAUUCUGUCUGUCUCAUUUGCAUCACGAGACAGUGUGUUAGGAAGGGGGUUGAGUCAUGGCUUGCAGUACUCUGAAGGCCACUGUUAGUAACUUCAUGGGUGGGGUGGGGUGUGGGAGAUUACGUGGCUAAGGUUGUCUCCAGUCCUGGUAAUUGCAGUAGCUUGUAAUCAGGUUUUAACAAGAGAAUGUUCAAGGACCUCUAUGCAAUGCUUGCCUCUUGGUUUUAUUCUGUGGCAGUCUGAACUGACAAGCACUUAGCUGAGAAUGUACAUUCAUUAUAUCCACUGUCCUGCAUGGAUGUACUGUAUAAAUAGACGACAUAUCUCACAGCAGAACUCUGUUUUUUGCUUAAAUUCUAACCUUGUUUGUUGAGCUACUCUCAGUCGUUGUUUGACAUUGAGAAUGAUAUUGUCCAACUUUUAAAAGGUGACUGAGCCAAGUGGGAAUAAGGAGGAAAAAUGAGAAAACUUUUUAUUAUUCUGAAUGGUAGUUUUCACAAAACAUGCCCAUUUCUCUUCUCAUGUAUUACCUAAUAUGUAGCAUCGAUAACAAGGGGACAACUGAUAGAAGCAGUAAUUUUCAACUUAAAUAGAAAUAGCAAACAUAAUUUCUUCCAUUGUCCCACAGGACAGAUUCAUUGUAUUUCCAGCCCUGUGCUGGAUGUGGAGGUCCAUUGACCAUGAGAAGGAACCAAAGAUGUUUGCUUUUUUUUGUCUUUUGCAGUACUUUUAUCUGGCUGUGUAUAUUUUGUUUCUUGUUAAAUAAAAGAUGUAACGAUGUA